AUGUCUCAGUCAGGUUUGUCCUCGCGGAUUGAUCAAGGAGCAGUCGUAGACGAGGGUCAUCAAACAUGGGUUUGGUCAGUUGCAUUCUCCCCGGAAGGCAACUCGGUCGCAUCUAGCUCUCAUCGAACCAUUCGCAUCUCGGAUUUAUAUCGUCCAGUGCCCAUAAGCGAAGGAUUUGGGGGGCACACAAAAUGGGUUCAUUCGGUGUCAUACUCCCCUCUUGGAACGGUCUUGGCUUCCGGAUCUAUGGACUGUACGAUUCGCCUCUGGGAUUUGAGCACCGGCAGACAAGUAGAUGAGCACUUUAUGGGUCGUAGAAAUUGGGUCCACUCGGUGGAUUUUUCCCCCGAUGGUCGUCACAUUGCCUCUGGCUCCAGCAAUAGUACCGUCAAAAUAUGGAGUGUUCAGAAUGGAAUAUCUGCUUGUAAUUCAUUCAAAGGUCACUCGUAUGCAGUUUGCUCAGUUGCAUACUCCCCUGAUGGUACUCAAAUUGCUUCUGGUUCUUGCGAUAGCACAGUUCGCCUGUGGCAUGUUGAGUGCGGAAAAUCAGUAAUAGAGCCUAUCGCUGCGCAUAAAGCCACAGUUCGUUCGGUUGCCUUUUCCCCAGACGGUUCUCAGAUUGUCUCUGGCUCCUGUGAUAAAACACUACGGCUAUGGGAUACUCGCAGUGGGAAGGUGAUCGGCAACCCAUACACAGGUCACUCGGGGUUCGUUUGGUCUGUUGCAUUUUCCCCGAAUGGUACAUACAUUGCCUCUGGUUCCAUGGAUAACACGGUUCGUUUAUGGGAUAUCAGAACUGGUCACGAGAUCAACGAGCCAUUCCAAGAACAUACCGGCCCCGUCUACUCGGUCGCGUUUUCUCCUUGUGGUACACGUAUUGCGUCUGGUGGUACCGAUAAAAAAGUAGUAAUACGGAACCUAUUGGGGACCAAACCUGAAGCACACUAUCAUGCUGAACCUGACGCAGACCAUGAUUCCCAGAGUCUGGCUGAGGUUGGGUCUGAUCAGGUUGAAUUUGGACAUACACAGACAAUUAACAGUCACAUGUCUCGUCAGGAAUUGUUUGAUGCGCUUUUGGAUCAUGGCUGUACUGAUCUAUCAACACGAAUGGACCCAAGUCAGCACGGCGCGAUCUUAGUUUCCGGAGGCGGAUUUGGUGAUAUAUGGAAGGGCGAGUUACACAACCAAUCUAAGGUUGCAAUCAAAGCAUGGAGAGCGUUUUCGACCAAACAGUGUGAUUACAAAACUCUUAAGCGCGCCACGCGCGAAAUCUAUUACUGGUCAAAAAUGAAACAUGAUCAUAUACACGAACUUAUGGGAGUGAUUAUCUUCAAAGACUAUUCAUUUGGUAUGGUUUCUGAGUGGAUGGAGAAUGGUAACCUUCACGAAUACCUACGCAAGAAUCGUAAAGUCGACCGGAUUCAAAUGUGUGUUCAAGUUGCAUCUGGCCUUGCAUAUAUGCAUCGACACAACAUGGUCCAUGGCGACGUCAAAGCUGUAACUGAUAUUUCACCUCAAGGUACAGUCAAACUGACUGACUUUGGGCUAUCAUCCAUGUCUUCAGCUAGCCUUGCCUUCUCGGCAACUAGCAGCCAGUCAGGUUCUAUUCGCUGGGCAGCCCCUGAGCUCCUAUCUGCAACAGAGUGCAAAACCAAGCGGUCCGAUAUAUAUGCACUUGCAAUGACCAUACUGGAGGUAUUUACCACAGAUGUACCAUAUCCACAGUGCCAGUGGGAUUUCCAGGUCAUGAACAAAGUGACACAGGGUGUCCUGCCGACUCGUCCAAUAGACCAACUGAAAAAUGAUAAGCUUGGUGAUACAUUAUGGCAGCUACUCGUGAAUUGCUGGAGUCGUAACCCGUAUGCUCGACCCACGAUUGAAGAAGUGCAUAAAGUGCUCGUCCUUAUUUCCUCGGAUAAUUAA